AGUGACACAAAUCGGAGGCAUACUCAAAGAUCAAAGUAGCUGCCAUCAUAGAAUGAGUCCUCUCUGGGUUUUAUCCAUGUUCUUUACCAUAACAGAUUCUUUGGAAAUCAUCAAAGCUGCCAGAGGCGGCUCAGUUCAAUUACCUUGUGAGCCGACCUUUGGCGAAUAUGAUGGAUUUAAUGUGAAGUGGAGUAAAAAAGGACUUCAAAAGGAAGAAUUCAUAUGUCUAAGCCUUGAGUUAGUGAAUACCACUGAUUCUGGUUGUGUUGAGCUGGUGUGUACAAUGGAUGCCAUAGAUCAAGAGCAAGUUGAAUUUAUCUGGAACUCGAGGGGCAAGAAUACAUCUGAACAGAAGCAAGUCACCAACAGCUCGUCCAGUGUAAGCAGCUCUCUGCGCCUGUGUGGAGCUGAGAGGAGAGAUGGAGACACCAUCACCUGCAGUGUUUCACUUCCAUCAGAUCACUUUACAUCAAACUGGACUAUUCAUCAACAGAAUGUAGGUAAUGAAGACAGCAACUGGAUGGUGAAAACAAUCUGCAUUUGCGCUUUAACUGGGGCAAUGUUGAUGAUUGCCAUGGCUGUCAUUAUUUACAAAUGUAAGUAAGAAGAGAAAGAAUUUGGACGAUGCCUCCGUAGUGUACACCAACAAGGUUUAUGAGAACUUCAAUUUUGGCACUAGGAUUCCCAUCAGAGAAAGCAGAAGAGAAAUGCAGCAUGAAGACUGUAUUUAUGAGAAUUGAAUUGGAUCAGUCCCUGAACUACACAAAUUACAUUUUCGUCGGCUUAAAACUUCUGACACCUUCUCAGUAUCAGACUGUUCUCAUCGCUCAUUUGAUUCAUGUAUUGUAUAUUACGUCUUUGCUCAAAUAUCGCAAAUAUUGCUUUGCCACAGUGACAUUGCUUUCAGAUGAGUUUUUUGUGGGUGAAGAGAUAUUGCAUCAUAUAUAUGUUGACAAUAUUCAACCCAAUCUCCUAUAGGUUUUCCUUUUGAAGCUGGUUGUUACCUUGGAGGGCAUAUUUUAGAGCAUUUAGUGCAUCAUUCUAAGCACAUUGCAUAGUAGUCUUUCUCUUUUGUUUGUCCUUACUAAAGAGUGGCUAUAAUAUUUGUGAUGCAAGCAUGUUAAUCGUUGUGCUUCAUUAUAUAUAUAUUAGAUCAGAGGUUUGCAUAGAUAAUUUAAACAAAACAAAAAAAACACUUCAGAGAUUUUACUAAAGGUGGUUUCACAACCAGGGUAAGCUGUUUGGUUCAGGCUCAACUUUCUUGAAAUUGUAUUACUUCUGUUUUUGGUAAUAGACUAUACUGUAUCUGUUGAAAGAUAAAAGCUUGGAUAAAUGCACUUUAAAUAGGUUGAUUCUAUCAAUGUACUCAAGACUUGAUUGGCCAUCUGUUACCAGAUUGGCUGUCUGUCAUUAUUGUAGUCGAUUGGGACAUAUACCUGUAGCUGACAGGCCUCCCUUCAGACCCAGUGGCUCUUUCAGGUUAAUGAUCAUUUACAUCAACAUACAAAAUCAUCAGAACAUUAUGGACAACAAAGUAAGUUUUGGAGUGACCAUCAAAGCCCGAUCGAUCUUAAUUCAAAAGACAAUGUGUUAGCUGAACUAAAAAAGUGAGCUAAUUGAAAUAGAAUGUGAAUUUAUUUAGCCAAGGUGUAAACAUAUGACCUCAACUAUAAAUGUGAACUGAGUAGAAAUGUGAUUACAAAGUCUGUGUGUGUGUGUGUGUGUGUGUGUGUGUCUGUGUGGGAGUGAAAGAGAGAGACAGAGAGGCAGGGCUACAAUCCCUGAGAGUCCAACUCUGUUCAACAUCUACAUUAAUGAGUUAGCAGUGCAGUUGGAAUAGUCUGCAGCCCCUGGACUCACCCCUCACCCUUUAAAACAAAGGUCAAAUUCCUGCUUUUUUGCAGAUGGUGGUGCACCUAUCACCCUAAGAACAGGGCAACACUCACUACAAUCUCAUGACACCACACUGCAGUAAAUUUCACGCCAAAGUAGUUCAAAUACAUAUGUGAAAUAAGAACCACAUUUAUUUUUAAAUGCAUUACACACCUUUGGAGGAAACCAUCCAUCCCAGCAUCUAACACCUCUCACUCUGCUUUCCUUCCGGUUUAUCGUAAAAAGAAGAGUACGAUGUAUGCUAUGUGUUGCAUGUUGCUACUGAAUUUGUUGCCUCACAAAUUAAAUGUACAAAAUUAA